AUGGAAGGGAUUCCUCCAGACGGGGCUUCAUCUUCAUCAUCAGCCGUCAGGGCUCCUCCUUUGAGGGACGAGGAAAUUGCCCGAAUCUUGAAUCAUGGCAGGGAAGAGGAUGCUGACAGCGAUGAUGAAGAUGAAGAUUUAGUUCAGCCAUACAAAAAGUGGAAUUUGUUAGAAAUAUGUCAAAGAACUGUAAUUAGAUGGAUUAAAAAUAAAGCAAACAAAAUGUCAGAAGAAGAAGAAGAAUCUCACUGUCGUUUGUGCGCAGAACCGACACCGACAUCACAGCUUAUAGCACCAGACGAAGACGUAGGACUCAACUCAAAAAUAGCUAUAAAAAUGUUAUGGAUUAAUAUCGAUGUUUCAACUACAAGUGGACUACCAAACUCUAUUUGUUUCUCUUGUUUCGACGCUCUGCAACGUACUUGGCUCUUCCUUCAUGCAGUAAGAACAGCUCAGACGAAAUUAAAUGAGAUAUACCUCAAGAAAACUGUAUCAGAGAAAGAACCAUUAGACGUUAAAACAGACCCAGAUGUGAUUGAAAAUCCUGUCAAUAUGGACUGGGAGGAGUUUGAAGUGUCUAAACAAGAGGUAAAACCUGAAGUUUUGGACACCCAACAACAUGUUAUACCGGUAGACGCCAAUACUUUGUUAAAGCUAGGUGUAAUUAAAACUGAAUUGGAUACUGACGGUGAACGUAAUGAUUCUGAUGGUUUUAAUACCACUGAUAGUGAUUUACCCCUAUACUUAACUGCUAAAAAGAAAAUUAAGAAGAAAAAAAAAAUUUGUUAUGUUUCUGAGAAUGAUUCUGACACUUUAACUGAACAGUGUGCAAAGUUAACUUGGGAUGACUACAUGUGCCGCUGUGCAGACUGUGAUGCCCAGUGCAAGAAUAUUAUGUCAUUACGUCUGCACUCGUUACAAAUUCAUGCCCACUGUUGUAGAUUUAAGUGCUCCGAAUGUGGCAAAGUGAUAACCAGUUAUAAAACCUUUGUGAACCACGUGCGAACUCAUAAAAAGCUUCUACGGUAUUGCUGCGAGUUCUGUAAUAAGUGUUUUUUAAAGACUUCAAACCUCAAAUCUCACCGUAGUCGAAUGCACAAGGAUGAUUCAACAACCUGUCAUAACUGCGGUUCAGCAUUUGAAAAUACGGAGCAACUUCAAGAUCAUAUAAUUUUAUACACCAAAAGUUACCGAAAACGCACUGUGAAAAAAGAAAAAGUAGACGUUACCGAGGAUUUAAAAUGUAAGCAUUGCCACAAGGAAUUUAAAUCACGUAGCAACUUAAAUCAACACAAACUAGUACAUACUGAACGUAGUAGAGAUUUUUCAUGUCACAUUUGCGGUAAAAUGUUUUUCACUAAAGGGACUUUGAGCACACACAUGAUAACGCAUGAUGACACAAAGCCGUUUAAGUGUGAGUUCUGUCCAAUGUCAUUCCGUGUUAGAGGUAACCUCCAAUCUCAUAUUAGUCUUCACUCAGGUGCUAAACCAUAUGUGUGUGAACAAUGUGGAAAAAGCUUCCGUGUGAAACGUCAUUUGAAAUCACAUUCCAUUAUACAUACAGACUUAAUGCCCUAUGUUUGUAAUUAUUGCAAUAAGACUUUUAGAUUUAAAACUAGAUUAAACUUGCAUUUACGUCAACACACUGGAGCUAAACCGUAUAAUUGUGUAUUCUGUCAACGGGACUUUACGAAUGGAUCUAAUUACAAGAAACAUAUGAAACGAAAACAUAAUAUUGAUACAUCUUCUAGAAAGAAGUUAAGUAACAUUGCAACGCAAUAUAGUAAUACGGAAGAACAAAACUUAGAUACAAGUGACAUUGAGAGAAAUUAA